AUCAGGUAGCACAGUUAUUUUUCUUCUGGAUUUUAGGCAACUAUACAGUCUGUGCAGAAACAGGACAUGCAGCUCCGGGAAAGUGGUCUGAUUGAAGGGAAAGAAGAAAGCACAAGCCAAGGAGAAGAUGGUGCUGUUGAUGGGUAAAAGUGGGUCUGGGAAGACCAGCAUGAGAUCCAUUAUCUUUGCAAACUACAUCGCCAGAGACACACGGCGCCUUGGUGCCACAAUUGACGUGGAGCACUCCCAUGUUCGAUUUCUGGGAAACCUGGUGCUGAACCUGUGGGACUGUGGAGGACAAGACACCUUCAUGGAGAACUACUUCACCAGCCAGCGGGACAACAUCUUCCGCAACGUGGAGGUCCUGAUCUACGUCUUCGACGUGGAGAGUCGUGAGUUGGAGAAGGACAUGCACUACUACCAGUCGUGUCUGGAGGCUAUUCUGCAGAACUCUCCUGAUGCCAAGAUCUUCUGCCUGGUGCACAAGAUGGAUCUAGUACAGGAGGACCAGCGUGAUCUGAUUUUUAAAGAGAGGGAGGAAGACCUGCGGCGUCUGUCCCGCCCACUGGAGUGUGCGUGCUUUAGAACGUCCAUCUGGGAUGAAACGCUUUAUAAGGCUUGGUCCAGUAUAGUCUAUCAGCUGAUUCCUAAUGUCCAGCAACUAGAAAUGAACCUGAGGAACUUUGCUCAGAUUAUCGAGGCAGACGAAGUCCUUCUGUUUGAGAGAGCCACUUUCCUGGUUAUUUCCCAUUAUCAAUGCAAAGAACAGCGCGAUAUCCACAGAUUUGAGAAAAUCAGCAACAUUAUUAAACAGUUCAAGCUGAGCUGCAGUAAGCUGGCGGCUUCUUUCCAGAGCAUGGAAGUCAGGAACUCUAACUUUGCUGCUUUUAUUGACAUCUUCACAUCAAACACAUAUGUCAUGGUGGUCAUGUCUGACCCUUCCAUACCUUCUGCAGCUACACUGAUCAACAUCCGCAACGCUAGGAAACACUUUGAGAAGCUGGAGAGAGUGGAUGGACCAAAGCACAGUCUGCUCAUGCGCUGAACACUGGCCAGGCCACAUGGUCUUUGGGGGUGAAAAGUUGGAACUGCAGGGUUUUUUAGGAGAAUCUAACAAUGUGGGUGUCUGUGUGGGCUUUGAAAUGAGUGUGCUGCUUACCACCGCAAUCUUCUUUAUUUUUUUUCUCCUUUUAACAUUGGACACUAGUCACUCGGAUAAUGUCUGGAUACACAGUGGACCUUCAAGAGAGACUUCCUGGCACACGAGGGGUUGGGGAAGAUGCAAGGGCAGGUGAUUUGCACUUGGCCUGAUAAGCCUGGUUGCUGUAGUCACGCACAUUGACGCCUUUGUGGGUGUUUUGCUGUAUUUCAGAUUGUAUAAAUCACAAGGAUGGAAUAUUACUAUUUUAUCAACAAGUUGCUGGGAUACAUUUAUAAAUUUCUCCUUGUCUUCAGUCAUGGAAAUAAAUUUUUGCUACCAGGAACUUUGA